AAAAUACAGAAGCGAAAUUAUUAUUAACAAAUAUUUUUGGAAUAGAUUUGGACAAACAAAUCACUUAAUUGUGAUAAAAAAAAAAAACUCGGAAGUCUUCGUGAUUAAGAAUUAGAGUGCGAAGACUUCUUGAUUAAGAAUUAGAAGGACUAACGGAAGGUAUACUUCAACAUUUGUAAAAAAAAUACACACAGAUACAGAUAGAAAGAUGAACGAAACAACCAGUAUCUCCGUGUUGCCAGAAGUCUCCCAGUCGGAGAUACUAUCACUGACUUCACCUAGGAAUGCGUUCAGAGCUGCCGCCGUCUCCAAAGAAUUCAAGUCAGCGGCAGAUUCCGAUACCGUUUGGAAGCGAUUUCUGCCACUGGAUUACGACGAAAUCAUUUCGCAGGCGGUUUCUCCUGUGGCUUUUGAUUCUCAAAAGAAAUUAUACCUCCACCUAUCGGACUCGCAUAUCCUCCUCGAUCGUGGCUAUCUGAGCUUCCAACUAGAUAAAGAGAGUGGGAAAAAGUGUUAUAUGUUGGGAGCAAGAGAGUUAUCAAUUGCAUGGCAAGAUGACAAUCGAUACUGGGAAUGGGGACAUAUACCUGAAUCAAGGUUUCCGGAGGUGUGCAUACUUAGAGAAGUAUGGUGGCUUGAGAUCCAAGGCAGAAUAGCAGCUGUAAAACUGUCACCAAAGAGUACAUAUGUGGCGUAUCUUGUCUUUCAAACUACUGGGUAUGCCUGGGGACUUGUUGUGCCAGCAAAAACAAAGGUAAGUUAUGGUGGGACAGAAAUGGAGACUGAAAAUGUGUACCUUCAAAGACCAGGGGCUAUUGGUAGAACGGGACAUGUGCCUGUGUUUCCUUGGAGGAGAAAGGAUGGGUGGAUGGAGAUCAAAUUGGGAGAAUUUGAGUGCAAUGAAGGAGAUGAUGGGGUGGUCGAGAUGGCCUUUGAUGAGCAUGAAGCCUGGAAGAAUGGUCUUAUCGUGGAGGGCAUCGAGCUUCGGCCUAAAUAACUUGCAAAAGAUUAAGUCAUUUUCAUCCAUAUAUAUAAUACAUAACUCUUUUAUUUUGUGUGGUCUCAGCUUUGCAAUUAUUUUUUAUCUUGUUCAUUAAUGUAAUAUUCCACUCCUCCGUUACAAUUUAUAAUACAUAUGUUCAUCAAUGUAACACUAUUAGAAAAA